AUGGUUGGAGCUGGAGACUUGAGACUUGUGGAAAUUAUUUGGUUAAAAGUGUCUAUAAAUUUUUGCAAGAAUCUAAAGAGGGCUGCUUCGAGUGGGCUUCUAACUUGUUUCCAGCUCCAAAAAUGUCAUGUUCUCGUCAAUGCCGACUGUCCGCUAUGCAACUCUCAUGCAAAAAUCGUUCAACAUGCGUUGGUGGAGUGUGAGUUUUCUAAAGCUGCUUGGAAUCUCAGCAUGGUCCACGUCAGGGCUGGGGCUGCAACAUUCAGCAGUUGGCUGUUGGGGAUCUUUGACAGAGGGCACGAAGAUGAAAUGGAGGAAGUGGCUGUGGUGAAUUGGGCUAUUCGGCGCGCACGGAAUGAAUUUGUUUGGCAAAAGAAGAGUUGGUCUGCAUCAAAUAUUGUUGCAUCAGCUAGAAACAUGCUUGAUCAGUACAAAUUUUCUCAAGGAAGGAAGGGUCUUUCGUUGUCUUCGCUGCAUGAUGGGGAGGGGCGCUUUGGCAUGGGUUGUGUAGCUCAGAAUCAUCAUGGUGCUAUGGUAGAAGCCGUCAAGAAGGGGAAGAUUGGUUGUGUUCAACCCGAAAUUGCUGAGAUAAUAGGCAUUAAAGAAGCUUUGAGUUAG